AUGAAAUCGCUCCUCUUUUUGCUAUUUCUGUGUUCGUUGUCCGAGGCGGCAACGAGACCGGCUCAGCACGUGUUCCAAGAGCACAUGCUCAAACUUCAGAAUGCUGUCAACUCGGGAGACUUGGCACAGGUCCGGUAUUUGAUGACCGAGGGCGCAGGUAAACAUUGCAAACUUUUUUUCCGAUAAAUUUAUCGAAAACAUAUCUGUAAACGAUAGUAUCAACAAAAAGACAUUAACAUUGCGAACUUUUUUCGAUAAAUUUAUCACAAAAACUUAUAAAAAAUUGUUUGAGGCCAUGUACAGCUCCCCGAAUAUUUUAUGGAAAAAUGCCAAGGCCGUCAAAUUUCGAUGGAAGUCGCGUAUUACACGAAGGCGGUGGCGAUUGAAGGAUCCGCAAGAGUCGGCGGUGAUUUGUACCAUAUCAUUUUGAGGAAAUAUAGUCAUCGUCAGGUAUUUUUCAGGAGAACACUAUUUUCGCUCAAUUUUUGCAUUUUUCAGGUAGACCAAGGUUGGAAACUCGAACAAUUCAACUACAUGUCGUCAAAUCACUAA